AUGGACGACACAGAUAUCGCAUAUUUGUCACAUCCCUCCAAGAGGGCGGAGGAUAAGCAUCAUAUAGUCAUCAUAGGGGCAGGUAUAAUAGGGGUUUGUACUGCUUAUUAUCUUACACAGCACCCCGAUUUUAAUCCAGAGACUCAUCAUAUCACCAUUAUUGAAGCUAGGAAAGUUGCAUGUGGUGCGUCAGGUAAGGCUGGUGGGUUGCUUGCAUCUUGGGCAUUUCCUAGUUUAAUCGUACCGUUAAGUUUCCAACUUCAUCAGGAUUUGAGUGAUAUUUAUCAAGGAGAACAGAAUUGGGAUUAUAGACGGCUAAGUACUAUUUCUUUGGAAGCUGAUGUGAGAGAUGAAAAUAUAAAAUUACAAAAGGAUAAAGCUGAUCUGGUUCGUAAGGAAAAGGAAAUGCAAAAGGCAUUUAGUAAAACAAAAUUGAGUAAUAAAAGCAAAGAUUUAUCUAGUUCAAGCUCAAGUUCAGGUUCAAAUUCGAAUUCAGAGGAAGGAUCAGGUGUAGAUUCUAAUGAGGAGGGAGAAAGCAAUGAGGAUGAAGAGUCGUCAUUGGAUAGAUACUAUACGGACGAUGAAUUAUAUUUUAGUGUUACCAACUCGAUGUCUGAUGUGUUUUCCAAGAAUGGGAGUAGGGGAAAACUUGAUAGUUCACCCAAUGCAACACCUUCAACAAAUAUGGAAUCAACUAGUAAUUAUCAGGAUCCAUUACCAAGAGAUUUAGAUUGGAUUAAGAAGGAAUUUGUGGAAACUUGGUCAUCCUUAGGUGGCAGGGAAUCCACUGCCCAAGUACAUCCUUAUAAAUUUACCAAAUUUCUUCUUAAAAAGGCAAUGGAGUCAGGAGCCAUUGAUGUAGUAUUGGGGAAAGUAACUGGUAUGGAUAUUGAUGAUUCUGAUGAUCAAAAUAAAUUUGCACAUGGUGUUACCUAUACUCCAAUAUUGAACCCGACCAAACAGCAUGUCGAGGAUGACAAUGAACUCUUGGAACCUCCAGAACCAGAAAAUAUUCAUAUUCAAGAUGUUCAACAAGUUAUAGUCACAACAGGUCCCUGGACGGCACAAUUACUAAAGAACUGUCCAAUUUCAGGACUAAGGGCACAUUCAAUUACUAUAAAACCAGUUACGACACAUUCCUCAGUGGCACCAUAUGCAAUCUUUACGGAAUUGAAAGUGAAUGAUACACAAUAUUUUUCACCUGAAUUAUAUGCAAGACGUGAUGAGGUAUACGUCUGUGGAGAAGGUGAUACUUUAACAGAAGUUCCUGAUCCAAUAAGGUCUGUUGAAUAUAUUAAAGAGAAAUGUGAUGAAUUAUAUAGUUAUGUUAGUAAGAUUUCAGGACCAUUAGCUGAAGGACAUGUAUUGAAAAGACAGGCCUGUUACUUACCUGUGUUAAAUGUGGCUACUAGCUCAGGCCCUCUACUUGGAGAGACUAAUGUUUCUAAUCUAUUUAUUGCAAGUGGUCACUCAUGUUGGGGUAUCAAUAAUGGUCCCGCUACGGGGAAGAUAAUGGCAGAACUGUUAUUGGAGGGGGAAUCCAAGUCUGCAGACAUUUCCUCUUUGAGUCCGAAGUUAUAUUUCGAUGCAAGCAUUAUAUAA